AUGUCAGACGAUAUAUCAGACAUUGAAAAAUGGCAAGGAAAAUAUCCUUUCUUACAAACGGUUUGGGAUACGUAUAAUGAAUUUGAUAUACCUAUACAAGAAACUGAUAGGGGGUCCGAAAACUAUGCUAGAGUUUGCGAAAAAAUUGUAGAGAAUUAUAAUGAACUAGAUGCUAAUCACAAAGAAUUUUGUAGGAAACUUGUGAGAAAUUUAGGGUGUUAUAAUUAUAAAAAUGAAUAUAGCAAUCCUUUACAUUAUCAAUGUCAUAUUUUAUACAACUGGAUAUAUAAUCAAAUAAAGAAAUAUGGAGAAUUAGAUGAUAUUAUUACCAAAUGUUUUAAUAAUUGUAUUAGUUUAAUGAAUUUUACAGGAGUUAAACAUAAGUGUUCUUAUGAUUUAUACAACACUGUUUAUAAGGAUCCAAUAAAAAUGACCAUAAUAGACAUUUUUAAUAAUAAUAUGCAAAAUAUUAUAAAUAAAUUAAUAAUUGAACAUGAAUAUGAUAAUGAGGCUUCUGCACAAAAUUUUUUAUGUGAAUUUGUUAAUCUAUAUAAAGUAAUAUAUGGGAAACACUGUAAAGAUAAAAAUGAAAGGGAUACAUAUGACAAGAUUACAUGCUAUAUGUUAGAAAGUUUUAGGGAUUCAUAUACGUACUAUUUCUAUUACAAUGAAAAAAUAGUCAAAAAAUAUUAUAUACCAUCCUUAUAUAAU